UUUCCACAGCAAUGGCGGCUCUCAUGGAGCCUCACGGAGCGUUAACAUGGAAAUCCCCAUUGACUUUAGUUCUAUUAGAAGUUACUUAGUUCCAGGAGGUGGCGGUAGAACACAGAAAAUGUGGUAAAGGUAAUGUAAUUUGUUUGUACUUAAUCUUUGUUUGGUAUGUGAUGGUUCUGUGUUAGUUUCCAACGAACAGAAGUGUACUGUUAAGAAACAUUUUAAUCUACGCAAAUCACAUCACCAACCGACUUCCUGGUCCCCGGUUUGCGCAACUCUGUUAUUAGAUGGCUCUGCAUUCUGUGAUUCCUGCUCCAGCGUUCACUCAAAGGGCGCAAGUUCUUCAAGACCAAAUGGCUAAUAUGGAUAAAAUAGUACAAAAGCUGCGGAAGAUUUGGAAGAUCUCUGCUAAUAAUCAUAUUUUACCGGCUGCGUUCUCCCUAAUCUGUAUACUAGGCUCGUUUUUAAAAGAACAAGACCUCGUCCCAGACUCCUAUUUCAGUAACACGAGAAAUGUUCUGAACUUGUACUUUGUCAAAAUAUCAUGGGGCUGGACAUUAUUUCUGCUAGUGCCUUUCAUGGUCCUCUCCUCGAAGAACUCCGCCGGGUACCUGCUGCCGCGACUGUGCGCGCUUGCCGUGGCCACAGCUGUUUGGUACGUCUGUGUGAACACCUUCGAAGCCAUAGAGGAGGCUACAGGAGAGUGUUAUGAUGCCAGUACCAAGGAGCUUCGCGGAGAACUGACAAGUAAAGGUGUCUGCAGGAGAGGGGGGUUCGUUUGGAAUGGCUUUGACAUAUCAGGACAUAGUUUCAUCCUGUCUUACUCCGCUCUCGUCAUCACUGAGGAGAUGGCAGCUUCAUUAGAUGGUGUGCGUGGAUACAAGAAAACUGUUCUCCAGGGACUGUACGUGACCAUGUCUGUCAUUGUCUACCUGUGGCUGUUUAUGUUUUUGAGCACCUCCGUCUACUUUCACUCCCUGCUGGACAAGGUUAUCGGGACUAGUUGUGGACUUAUGGCCUGGUACUUGACGUAUCAGGUCUGGUAUAAAAUGCCGUUGUCACCAGGUCUCCCCAACCCGAAUACCAAACAUAAACAUCAUUUUUGAAAGACAUGGACACACUAACUGUUUGCAUUUACACACCUGCUGCAUCAAAAUGCCAGACAAAUGAAAAGCACUGACAUAUGUUGGGGUGAUAUAAUUGUAUAUUGUAAUUUUAAUUUGUUUGUUUGGGUCCACUUUUUAUCACUUCUAUGGGAGACCCAGGACAGCAAUGGGGGAUGGUUGCAACACCUUAUUUGUCCUAUCAGAUACAGGCCAGAGUGAUCAUACUCCUACUUUACAUCUUUAUUUUGAUGCCCCAUCUUUGUACAGAGGGAGUAUAAUUAAUCACUUUUGCUUGUGUCUGAUAGGAUGGGGGAAAAUAGAUGUUCCAUCCCCUUUUGCAACUCCGGUCUGCUCUGUAUUCUCCGUCCCGAUGAAAGGUCAUUCUAAAUGGAUUGGGUGCCUUGGGAUAUCCAACAUGGCCGUUGCCAGCUGAGGCAUCUAAAAAAAAAAUCCACAAGUGUAAUCCAAGAGGCUUGUGGUAUGCACCUCCAUUGGUCCACCAGUAGCACUGAGACUAAAGUCAUUGUUGUUGCCUUCACGGUCACAUGUUUACAGGAAGAGCUUCUAGAGGACGUUGGAAUGCAUUAGAUUUAAUCAGGAUGACUGUGCAGUUUUCUUUCUUGAUCUCAGUAAUUCCACACUAAGCGUGUUGAGGGGAACAUGGUUAACUGAGUUACACUGCCAGCCAGUGUAUCGGUAACGCUAACAAUACUGCUCUGGUGCCUGGGCUGAGUACUGUACAUUGCCAGAUAGUGGUACUUUUUAACUGAACUCUGUUUUCUUUACUGGCAAGGAUACUGCAAGUAAUAGCAAACCCAGAUUUCUUUCUCAGUGUUUCUCUCUUUGUCAGUCAUUUCUUUUUUCAUAAAUGGAAUUGUUUGGGUGUACAUAUUAGAAUACCGGUACAUAACUCUAUAAUAUGAUUUGCCAAGUUUUCAUGUAAUUAUUUAUUAUGUAUGGGAAUUUAUUAGGUGUGGGAAUUUAUUAGACAUCUCAGUAGAGCAGCUUACUGUAAAACAGACAUUUUCAUUGAACUGACAUUUUUUUCCCCAUUUUACUGUUUGAGGGUAGAUCACACACAAAAACAUCACGUUUGUGUUGAGUAUUCAAAAGAUGUGCUUCCAAGGGUCUUCCUAUCAAAUUGUUCAAAGUUCAUGAAUAUCAAAAAGGUGCCUCUUGCUUUGUCAAAAUUUCAUUUGGAAAUAAAGCAUAUUCAGCCAUGGGAAAGCCUGAA